UCUUCGCCGGCGCGGGAACAGACGCGGAAGGCGGGGAGGUUGGGUUGGUGUGGGCAGUGACGCGCCAUUGCUGCCUCCGCCGCCGCCUCCCGGCUCCCUCCUCCUGCUUCCUGCGUUGCCUUGCGGGGGCGGCCCCGCCUGCAGCUGCUGCGCGGAACUUGCCUGGAAAAGCCGAAGAGCGCCCGAACCAACCAGGAAGGGAGGGAAGAAAGUUGUUUUUAGGCUGAGGGGCUUCUCUUGUUCUCUUGGUUUCGCGAUGUUGGGGGUGGCGGCUGCUGGAAUGACCAACAGCAACAUGGCCAAUGCUCUUGCCAAUGCCAUGUGUGAACGCUGCCGAGGAGGCUUUGCACCUGCAGAAAAGAUUGUGAACAGCAAUGGAGAGCUGUACCAUGAACAGUGCUUUGUGUGUGCCCAGUGCUUCCAGCAAUUCCCCGAGGGACUUUUUUAUGAGUUUGAAGGAAGGAAGUACUGUGAACAUGACUUUCAAAUGCUUUUUGCCCCUUGCUGCCAUCAGUGUGGGGAGUUUAUAAUUGGUCGGGUUAUUAAAGCUAUGAACAAUAGCUGGCACCCAGAAUGCUUCUGUUGCGAUAUCUGCCAACAGGUACUGGCAGACAUUGGAUUUGUAAAGAAUGCUGGCAGACAUCUUUGCCGUCCUUGCCAUAAUCGGGAGAAAGCCAGAGGUCUUGGCAAAUAUAUUUGCCAAAAGUGCCAUGCCAUAAUUGAAGAACAGCCGCUUAUCUUCAAGAACGACCCUUACCAUCCUGAUCAUUUCAACUGUGCCAACUGCGGAAAGGAACUGACUGCAGAAGCUCGAGAACUGAAGGGGGAGCUGUAUUGCUUGCCUUGCCAUGAUAAAAUGGGGGUACCCAUCUGUGGGGCAUGCAGGAGACCAAUCGAGGGGCGAGUGGUAAAUGCGAUGGGCAAGCAGUGGCAUGUCGAACAUUUUGUAUGUGCCAAGUGUGAGAAACCAUUCCUGGGUCACCGUCACUAUGAACGGAAGGGGCUGGCGUAUUGUGAAACCCAUUAUAAUCAGCUCUUUGGUGAUGUGUGUUUCCACUGUAACCGGGUGAUUGAAGGAGAUGUUGUCUCUGCCUUGAAUAAAGCAUGGUGUGUAAACUGCUUUGCAUGUUCUACUUGUAACACCAAGUUAACACUGAAAAAUAAAUUUGUGGAAUUUGAUAUGAAGCCUGUCUGUAAGAAGUGCUAUGAGAAGUUCCCACUGGAGCUCAAGAAGAGACUGAAGAAAUUGGCUGAAACUCUAGGAAGGAAAUGAGAUAUUUCAUCUUGCUAUGCAAAUUUAAGGAAAUGAGAUUCAUAUUCCCACUUAUUUUCAUUGUGUCUAUGAAAAUCUAUGCUCUUAAAAAAAUCCCUCUGCAUGACUAGCUUAAUACAAAAAUAUAUACCUUGCCAUAAAAUCUUUAAUGUCUUAUGCUAUAUGUACCUUUAAAUUAUGUAUUCUAUGUUUAUAUAAAUUUUUAGAUAACUCAGUCUUAAGUGGAAUAUUAAAACACAGCCUUUAAAUUGCAAUAGAGAUCACUCUACUGGGCCACUAGUGCUGAUCUCAAAUGAAUAAUAACCUAGCAUAGCCUCCACUUAUCUAGAAUUUUCCAAGUGCUGAGCUUUUAAUUUCCAAAAUUCUCAACCAACCCAACAGAUUAGGAAAGCAAAUUCUCUUGGCUAAAAAUCCAGAUUUUAGGAACAUGUGCCUGCCAGGAAGUGACUGCUGGAGCAAACCAAGUAAACCUGUAAGCUGGCAAUUUAUAAACACUAACCUGUAAAAUCCCAUUGAAUUCAAUGGCUUUCAGCUCUGUAGACAGAUAUAGGACUACAUGGUUAAGGAGAUCGAAAAAUAUUAGAAUUCAAUAUAGGUCAGGAUAAUUAAAAAAAACCAGACUUGUGGCGUGAGGGCUUUGAAACAUAUUUUAUGUAAUAAAUUUUAUAUUUCAUAUUAUUUAGAAUCAAAACAAGAUGCAUUUCCUUUGAUUCUAAACUGUCAUCUCUGGUGUUAAAAAUUAUGAGACAAAAGACUAGAGAUUUUUUUUGUAGGCAGUAAGUUCUUGUUUAAUCUUAGCUUAUGAACUGAUAAAACUAUAGUUUUCCAAUAUUAUAUUGCUGUCUUAGGAAAAUGGCAACAGCAAACAUUCUCAGUAUUUAGAAAGAUUAUAUUUUAUCAGGAUAUCUCGUUGAUUCUGUCUGCUAGCUUGACAGAAAGAAUUCAAGUUAUUGAGAUUUUUUUUUUAAACUAGUCAAAUUGGGGAUGAAUUGUGUACUAAAACCUUAGCUCAAACUAUUACAAAUGCAGAAAUGAUUUGUUCAGAAGUUUCUGAUCAUGGUAAAUAUUUGAGAACUGCUUUCAGAUUCUGGUAAGCCUGAAGCCCAAAGUGUGAGAUGUCAACAUAUUUCUGUGUCAACAGAGGUCAACUACUUGAAUUUUGUAAAGAUUUUUUUCUUGGAUCCUUCGGUAUUUUAUUUCCCUGUGCCUUAAUUAUGCUGUAUAUUUACAACAUUAAU